UUUUUGAAUGUCUUGUAUUUUAUUUUUUGAGUUUUUAAGCACUUUUCAGAUCUGGAUUUUCACAUUUUUAAUGUGUGAAACUUCAAAGUGCAAACUAUACUCUUUAAUUUAAUGUGAAGAGUCAAUCUUCGCAUUAUCCUGAAUUUUCUUAUAUUUGUUUGCUGUAAUUUUUAUGAUAAAUUUGACCUAAGUUCCCUCUUUAUGUUGUUUUUAUGACUAGUUUUUUAUUCUUUUUAUGUUAUAAUUUCAAAUUUAUUAUCAAUUUUUUAUCUUUCUGUCAGAUUAUUCCAAGUCAUUCAGUCAGAUUAAAUAUUAUGAGCUUCAUAAUAAUUAUGGUCUUGUUGAUAAAAGGGGCUGUGCUCGGAGUUGGUCAGAAAAUUGAGGUUGGAGUUCUGAGACACAGUGACCAGGAGUUAAUUAAUGAGAAAAAUAUUUUGCAUCGUGAGCUUGCAGCUAGUGCUACUUCAACACCAGCAACCAUUACUACUUCAGAUACCAUAACGGUAACUGCUACAGAUACUGAUGGAGCUGGACAAUUUUAUGAGAUUAGUUUCAAUAAUGAGUGUACUGUAUCAGCUCCUGGACUUACUUGCACGGCAGUUGGCGGUCAAGAGCAAGUUCUGGACUCAAGUUCUACUUCUUCAAUGACUGAUAAUGGAGAUGGAACGUAUACAUCCACGAUCUCUGUAACUAGACCUGGAAAAAUCACGAUCAAUGUGUUUAAAUAUACCCAAGGAGGAGUUCUUGUUGAGUAUUACUCUGGUACUACUUACAGUGGAGGAGUACAACAUGCUGAAAUUAAGAGUGAUCUCAAUAUUGACUAUGGUAGUGGAAAUUUAUUCGGAUCAACAAGUAAUUUUGCUAGCGCAAAGAUGUACUUCAAACUCAAAGGACCAUCCACCGAAUCAAUCACAUUACAAUUAGAAGCAGAUGACACUGCUAGCUUGAGUUUGGAUGGAUCAAACGUAGUAAGCGCUAGUUCUGGGACAAAUACUAAUACAUUUUCAUCGACUUUAAAUACAAUGUAUGAUGGGCAAAUAAAUUUCGUUGAAAUUUUAUUUUCUGCAAAAGUUAUUUUAUCUUGGAGUUACACUUCUGUUCCGAUGACUACAGUCCCAAGUGCAAAUUUAUACUACAAAGCUUAUAUAAGUUCACCAAUGCAAUUGACUAUAAACUGUCCAGAUGGUUACUCAAAGACUACUUCUGCAGGAAGACCAAUUUGAGAUAUAAUUUGUGGAGAUGGCAAAAGAGCAGGAACUGAAGAAUGUGAUGACGGGAAUACACUAGCCGCAGUUGAUGGAUGUAGCUCUACUUGUACAAUUGAUUCAGGCUGGGAAUGACACAAUGGAAACCCAACAACCCAAGACACAUGAACACAAUGCCCUGCUGGUUUUUAUCCGAAUUCAGCAAAGAAUGCUUGCGAGACUCAUUGAGGUGAUGGUAAGAGAGCCGGAUCUGAGGCUUGAGAUGAUAAUAAUGUAAGGAAUGGUGAUGGCUGAACUGGAACUUGCACAAUUGAGAGUAAUUGGAUAUGCAAUGGAGGAACUACCUCAUCAUCUGACUCUUGCACGUUUUGAGAGCCUGGAUAUACAGCAAACAAUGUCCCAGCCACACAAGUAUGAGUUUCGACAUGAGGUGAUAAAAUGCAGGUUGGAAGCGAAAAAUGAGAUGAUGGCAACACUAAUGGAUCAGAUGGCUGUGCUGCAGAUUGAAGUGCUGUUGAAUCUGGCUGGGUUUGUGCAAACUCCACCUUUUCAAGUGGUGAUGUAUGCACUCAAUGAACAAGUGGAUUUUAUCAAAAUGAUGCUACAUAUCCAACAGCUUGUGUCCCUCAAUGAGGUGACUCAAAGCGUGCUGGGAGUGAGAAAUGAGAUAACGGAGAUGCCUCCGGAGCCACUGGAUGAAGCUCUGACUGACUCUCAAUCACAGCAGGGUGGGUCUGAUCAGGUGGAACAACCACCACAGCAGACACAUGAGCUCAAUGAACAGCUGGCUUUUACCAAAAUGAUGCAACUAAUCCUACUACCUGUGUCCCCCAAUGAGGGGAUGGGCUUGAAGCAGGCACAGAGAAAUGCGAUGAUGGCAAUACAGUAGCUGGUGAUGGCUGAGCAGCUGACUGAACUACAGUUGAAGCUGGCUGGGUGUGAUCAGGAGGAUCUACAACAUCAAAAGAUGAGUGAUAUAAAUGAGCGGAUGGAUACACUCAGAAUAAUGCAGUUAAUCCAACUACUUGUGUGACGACUUGUGGAGAUGGAUUCGAAGCAGGAACUGAAAAAUGAGAUGAUGGCAAUAUAAGUGGCAGCGAUGGGUGAGCUGCAGACUGUAGUACAGUUGAAGCUGGCUGGGUUUGAAUUGGAGGAAGUCCUACUUCUUCUGAUACAUGCACUCAGUGAACUGCAGGGUUUUAUCAAAAUGAUGCGACUAAUCCUGAAACAUGUGUAACUACUUGCGGCGAUGGGUUAGAAGCUGGGGCAGAGAAAUGUGAUGAUGGCAACACUAUUGCAAAUGAUGGCUGAGCAGCAGACUGUACAAGUGUUGAUGCCGGUUGGGUUUGAUCUGGAGGAUCUACAACUAGUCAAGAUACAUGAACAAAAUGACCAGAUGGAUUUUAUCAAAAUAACCCAACAAAUCCUGAGGUUUGUGUUACUCUGUGAGGUGAUGGGUUUGAUGCAGGAACAGAGAAAUGCGAUGAUGGAAACACUAUUAGUGGUGAUGGAUGAGCUGCUGAUUGAACAACUGUUGAAUCUGGAUGGGUUUGUAAGUACGGGACACCUACUACAGCUGAUGUCUGAGAGCAAUGAACAGCAGGGUAUGUUCAAAAUGAUUCCUCUAAUCCUGAAUAUUGUGUGCCAUCCUGUGGUGAUGGUCUCAGAGUAGGUAAUGAAUUAUGAGAUGAUGCUAAUACUUCAAGCAACGAUGGAUGUUCUUCUGAUUGAUCAAAGAUUGAAUCUGGGUAUAUUUGUACUGGUGGAUCGACGGGCUCUAAAGAUACAUGUACUAAAUGCCCUCUUAGCUAUUCUCCAAAUGAAGAGCAAAGGAAAUGUGAAAUAAAUCCUAUAUCCACCAGAGCUAAACAGAUAAGCUACUUCUAUGCAAUUGUAAGUGGAGUAGGUCUUUUACUGAAUAUUUUUAUGAUAUUGAAGUACAACCAUUCAUAUAUCAGCAUAUUUAGAACUAUAUUCCACAUCCAAAUGCUGUAUCUUCUUCCUCUGCUAGGAGAUAAAAUGGGCAACGAUGGAGUUGGAUUCCUAAGAAAUUUUAAAUUCAUUCUGGCUACUUUUAAAGAGCUUCCAAAUGAUUGGGUAUUCUUUGGUUGGAGAUCAAUGUUCUCUUCUCUUGACUAUUCUCAAGAGAACAGCUAUUUACCAUUAAUAGGAAUAAAAUCUGGAAGUGCUAUAGUGAACUGUUAUAAUCUAUUCUGGGUAUCUUCUGUUCUGUCCUUACUCACUGGUGUGUCAUUUUUGCUCUUUUGGAAGCCUAAAUACCCAAAUUUUGCUAAGAAAAUGUUGAAAGUCUUGUUCAGAUUAGCAAUUCGAAUAAUAAUGUUGACUUAUAUCUUCAUUGCUAUAUGUGCAUUCUCUGAAGUGAGAGACUAUAAAAGAGUUUCUAAAGGAUUUUUAUCUUAUCUGAUAUCCAUAACUUUCUCAGGAGUGCUUAUUUUCACAGUCGCACUCUGUGCUUAUUUCUGCCUAAGAAAGAUUCCUGCUGAAGAGCAGGUCGAUACAAGCUCCACAAUUGAGUAUUUCGUUGGUGUAAGAAAGGAUAAAUUGGCAAGAUUCUAUAUCAUUUUAUGGUUUAUUAGGAGAACUACUUUUGUCGGAGUUAUUUUUAUGCUAGAUUACCUAAACAAUGCUCUUAUUCUGACCAUUCUGGUUCUGAUUCAGUUGCUUUAUAUUUUGGCUUUAUUGCAAACUCGAGCUUUUACUACUAAGAAAGAUAACAUCCUUGAAGUAUUCAAUGAGAUUUGAUAUCUGUUGCUAAUUCCUGCUAGUCUUUAUUAUGGUCCGAGUUUAAAAAUGGUAGAUCAUUCAAUGAUUUAUUUAUUCAUAAAUAUUGCGCAGGCUAUAAUAGAGUUUAUUGUUUGAUUAUCAGAAAUUACUAUUCGUCUGAAGAAAAAGAUGAAAGUAAUCAAACCAGAUGAAACAAUCGAAAUAAAAAGAAAGACACUGGCUACGCAGUCUAUGACAUCUGACAGAAUUAUCCAUUCCAAGAAUAUUUAUGAUAGGGACUCUGAGAAUGUUGGCAUCAACAAUUAUGCAACUCAAGAGAACCCUCCUUCAGGAAAUUCUCAGAAUAUGUCUUCCACUAAUUCCCAGAACUCUCAUAAUAUCUUUGCCAAUAACUCUCAGAAGAAAUUACACACGAUCCAAGAAGUCGAGGAAAUUCCUGACAAGAGCGAGAUCCAGGUCCCAGAUGUCUCAGACCCAAAAAUCUACGAAGAGUUUAAGAAAAAUUGGGGAUUUGGGCAGUACAAGAGCCAGAAGGAUAAAUUUUCUAAUUUCAGCUAA